GUGACGCUCUCCGGCCGUCGUCAGGGUGGGCUGAGCAGUGGCCGGGUUCAGUUCUGGCGGGCGGGCCCACAGCCCCGGAGGUGGGAGAUCGGUAUGUUUCAGAGACUGCUGAAAAUAAUAAAGAAAGGGACAGUUCUGCCGGCAACAUACCUUCUAAGGAAAAGAUUUUCCACCUAUGUAGGAUUCAAGCACCAGCUCAUUCUAAGUCUUCCGAAACAAAAUUAGAAUGGAUUUGGGAGAUGAAUAUUCCCAUAAUUCUUUUGACCUACAUUGUUUGUUGAAUUCAUUUCCUGGAGAGUUGGAAUUUAAGCAGAUCCUCAGCGACAUUGAUGAAAAGAUAGAGCAAAAUGCUGCAAGCAUAGAACACUGUAUUAAAGAAAUACAGUCCGAAGUUAACAAACAAUGUCCAGAUGUGCAGCUGCAAUCAACAACUGACUGCAUUGAAUGGCUAAAUCACUAUGAAUAUGAUUCAACAAAGUCACAUUCUGUCCCCCAUGGAGAUUUGAGAAAAUUUCUCAAAACACUGCAAAAUCUAUUGAAGAAUGAACAGCAUCAAGAAGAAAUGGUGCUGGAUUUACUUUGGGACCUCUCCUGCCAGAGCAGCAUUUCAUUCCCAUCCACCUUAAGUGAAGCAUCUUUCCAUGUCCUCUCUAGAACCUCUCUUCAUUCUGUUGAAGAUCAUUCCUCCGUGGAUGUGAAGUCCAUAUGGGACGAUAUAAGACUCCAUCUGCGACGCUUUCUAGUGAGCAAAUUACAAAGCCAUAAUGAAAUAGACUAUUCACAACAAAAAAAAUUGUUGAAGACUCAGUGCCUGCAACAGCUUUUGUUUCUUUAUCCAGUAUCAGAAGUUAUAAUCAAGUACCAAAACAUACAGAAUAAACUGUUAGCUAAGCUUCUGCAAGACUGCCUUCCUUCUUACAGCAGGGAAUCAAAUUUAGACACAAUGGUCCACGGAUACCAAAGAACAAUGUGUAAGUUAUAUUCGAUGAUAAAAGAGGAUUUUACCAUACUGAGUGAAAUAUUAGCUCCGGCCUCCACAGUGAAAUUCAUUGAGGAAACUUACCUGGAUACAGCUACAGAAGAAAUGGCAAAAUUCCUUGCAAAUUUCUGUGAGCUGCGGUUCAAAGAAAGUGCUGUCCCUGUGAUUAAAACAAGCAAGAGCAGCAGCAGGCAGAGAGGAGCAGUGCAUGCUUUGGUUAUUCCUGAAUGCCUACAGAAAGAAAGAAACUUCUUCCUCUCUUUAGAUGAACUAAAAUUUUUAUUGAAUCUUAUAAAAAUCCUUUUGAAGAUGGAAAAAGAUGUUCAAGAAUUGUUUGAUGAAAUAUCUUUCUCACUCAAGAUAGCCAGGAAUACUUCAGGAAUUUUGGGGACAUUCAAUAGGGAAGUUGUAACAGAGAAAUUUAGAGAAAAUAAAACCAGUAUUUUUUCAGAGCAACUGCUACCCAUAAAAGAGGCUAUCUUGCCAGAUUUUGGCUGGAGAAGUGCAUUUAAAGAAGUGUCUCUUCCCAUGGCACAUUCCAUAACAACAGCGAUUGAAGACUUUUCCACAAAAAUUCUUCAACAGGAACAGAAUGAGAGAUCGUUGCCUGUGAGCUAUAUUAUGCAUCUUGAAAACGUCCAGCAAGUUUGGCAAGACAGCCACUUGGAUGAGCCAAAGAAAAUUGCAAAGUUUUGCUCUGACAUCAUGGAAAAACUUGACACAAUGCUUCCACUGGCUCUGGCAUGCAGAGAUGAUUCUUUUCAGGAAAUUAGAGCAAACUUUGUGGAGGCCUGUUGUAAAGUGGCAACAGCUGUCUUGGCGAGACUACAGGAGAGAGGCAAGGAGGUUCCUUCAAAAGCACCCCUGAAAAACUUGCAUACUCUGCUCUCCACAGCGGUAUAUGUCUUCCAGCAUUUUACAAAAUAUGAUGAUUUGAUGAAAGAAACUACUAAGAAACCCGUAUUCCUGGUGCCUGUCCAACAAUAUCAGGAAUUCAUCAACACUCUCCAGUUUCAGGUUACGGACUACUGCGUCAGAGUUUGUGCUACAAGUAUUUUACAGGAUGCUGAGAGCCACCACUGGGAUGACUACAAAGCUUUUUAUGAGGGGGAACGAUGCUCCUUCUCGCUCCAGAUGUGGCAUUAUUUCCUCUCCGCUCUUCGUCACGAUCUCUGGACAAUUGUGCCCCCUAAGUUAGCCCAAGAGAUUCUAGCAGAAGUGCUGGAGAAGACCUUGGGUUUCCUCGCCUCCAGAUACACUCGGGCCCAGCCCAGGUGUGAGAGAACUCCUCAGAUCAGACUUGAUAUCACAACUAUUUUAAUUUGCACGGAGAAUAUGUUAUGGUCAAUUUGCACAUCUGUACAGAAACUUUUGAAUCCUCAUGAGUACAUAGAUGAUAAAAUUUUUAAAAUUCAUACCCAUUGUAAUAAUCUGUCUACCACAUUGGUCAUUUUAACUUCACCAUUAACUGAAUUGUAUCAGAUUUUUCAGCACGGCCUGGAUAAUUCUGCUUCACAUUCUUUAAAACCAUGUUUCAAACAACCAUUACAUUGGCUUUCAUGCCUUUCACGAUUCUACCCUUCUUUACUCAGGACUCCAUCAGCUGGACGACUGACACCUGGGGGUCAAUUGAAACUGCUCUUAGCCCAGCCAGGUUGUAACUGGAACUUGCUUCUGGAAACCCUGCUGUAUCAUGAUGCCCUUUUACUGAGAAUAAUGCUGAAGAGCUCAAAAUGUACCUUUUAUGAACAAAGUUCUGAUAAAGAAAAACCCCCGAACCAAGGAUUCAGCUUGGUGGAAGCCAUCUUUAAAGUGUUGUGCCACUGCAAUUUCUCUCCGCAAACAUUUGGAGAUGUUUUUGUGAGCUACAUAGAAGAAGAACAACUGUGGGAGUCUUUAUGCAAAAUUCCAGUUUCAGAGUGCCUGGGAUCUGAGCCGGAGAUUAUCCGCUGCUUGAGAUUGGCACUGACCGAUGCUGUCAAGGGUAUUGUUCAGGACAUCAUCUUGGUGAUGGACUCUAGGAAGAACUGUGAAAGAAACAUAAACAAGCACCAUAUUCCUGAACAUGUGCAUGAGAGCAUUCCAAAAGAAUGGAAUUAUACUCCAAAAGAAACCAGAAGGAAAGACUCAAGCAAAGGCUUCACAAGGCUUGCUGCUCAGGCAGUUUCUAUUGUAAUCAGCAAGUUACCUACGGUGAUUGCAUGUUUGCCUCCCCCAAUUAAAUACUUCUUUUUUCUGUCUGAGAGAAAAAUGUCAGAAAACUUUGUUGAAUUGAAGAAAGCUGGCCUGCUUGUCUGGAACUUGAUUGUAAUUAUAUGUCGGAUAUUUGAGGAUGGAAACACAGUGGAAUUCUUAACAGGUGCCUCCCUUGACAGAUGGAGUAAAGAGAAACUCGGUUUAAUCUGUGUGUGUUUGGAAAGCAUCAUGGGAGUGCAGACAAGUAGCCCUAAUCAAAUGACCCGAAAGGUCAUACAGAGCAUUGAGCAGCAAAAGCCCAAAUGGAUUGAAUGCCAAUUGUUGCAAGCAAGGAAACUAAGCACGGAAUGUGCAUUUAUGACAAUAGAGAGAGGCACAGCCUCAGAAGAAGGAAAUAUUGCUUUUGAACUGACUGAGCAGAAAAUAAACAUGAUGGUCCUGGAUAUCUGCCACAAACCAGGUGGCAGCGAGUACCUGAGGCAAAUUUAUCACAUCAUGCGGCUCAAUGAGGAAUAUUUAAAAGAACAGCUGUUUUCUAUGAAUGGUUCAGAGGAAAAGCCAUUACCCAUUCGCCCUUUAAAUACAACCUUGAGGAGCAGAGACGAUCAGCCUUCUGCCUUUAACCCUUUUCAUGUGAACAGGGUGUUUAGUGAAAACAUGCUGGACCAGUCAGCCACCACAAAAUGGAACUGGAAUUGGUCAAACUUGUUGCCAAAUUAUCUGGGAGUGGAUAAGAUGACCUUCAGUGUAUUGUUCAAAAACAGGUGGGAAUUGAAGGACGAAAGACUAGAAGAGAAAGAAAAAGAAAUGCUGGAACAUUUAAAACAAAUUUGCACCAUCCAAAACUCUUCUGCUUCAGAUAACACAGAGACACAGUAAUAUGCAGAAAACAGUAACAGAUUUAUUUUAGGAAAUAAUCGCAUGUAAUGGAGUAAGAUUUUUACUACAUUCAGAAUGAAUCUCAGAUGUGCUGUGAAGCUUGAAGCCAAUGACUGAGUAAUCUCUGAACUGAAAAGGAAUUUAAAGCACAUAAAGAAAAAAUAGCUAAAUACUUUUAACCUUAAAAAUAAUUUCAAAUGUUUUUCUUUCCUUAAUCUUUGUCUUCAUAUGAUAUAACUGCUGCCAUCUCGUGUUCUCUUUGAAUUAUUUUUUCCCUCUCAGUCUUGAAAGUCUCAAAGUCUUUCCGAUUUUCUCAUCUAGUCUUGAAGUAUCUAUGACAACAGACAAAAUGUUUGAAAAAUAUUUUCUCCAGGGAUUUUAAAAAUACAACACUUAGAUGUUAUGUUGGAUAGAAUCAUAUAUUCCCUGGAGGGUCAUUUGAAAAAAAUUUAAUUUUGAAACAACUAUUGCCAGUCAUUGCCAUAAAAAAUAUUCCAAUGAAUGACUAGUUAUAUCUCUAUUAAGAGAUUUUUUAUAUCAAAUUCAAACUUAUAUGCUCUUGUACAUGCUCUCUUAUCUGCUUUCUAUGCUUUCAGAUCCUGUGUCCAAUGUCUUCAUGUUGACCAACUGUUUACCAUCUUCUUGGUUCAAGUCACAACUUUGCCAUUUUUUCCCAACCAGAAACCAUAUGUCUCAGAGCUCAUGUUAACAAUUCCAACAAUUUCUAGUCCACAAAUUCCUGUCCAUAAUUUCUUUUACUUCUUUUAUUUCCAUUAAGUUAAUAGACAUGCAUACUAAGACACGGAGCAUGUUCUAGUAUGUUCUAUGCACAAUAAAGUUAUAUUUACUCUA